GGAGUGAGAUUGAGAGAUUGAUGAGAACUGGGCAGAGAACUUGAUUUCUGGCUUAUUUUUCCUGAAGGGUGUGAAUAUGUCUUCUGGAUCUUGGAUUUCUUCCCUCUCUUGUUCAACCUCAGAGAUUGAAUCCCCAGAGAACAAUGGCUCUGUUUCACUCAUACUUCAUUGGCUGAAGUUCAUCUUCCUAUUCCCAUGUCCCCAGAGAGCUCUGCUCUCUUCCAUUGACGUUCUCUUCCUAUUCGCCCUCCUUGUAUUCUCUCUUCUCAAGCUGUUCUCCAGAUUCUCUUCCAGGGGUCACUCCAUUCCCGACUUCAAUAAGCCCUUGAUCCGAAACCAAAGAGCUAUUCUCAGAACUAAUGUUUGGUUCAAGCUCUCUCUGAUUGUGACCGUCCUAUUAGCAUUUUCUUACACCAUCAUCUGCAUCCUUGCCUUCGGCAAGGAUGUGGAGUAUCCAUGGAAGCUGGUGAAUGCUCUCUUUUGGUUGGUUCAGGCCAUUACUCAUGCAGUUGUUACUGUGAUUAUCAUCCAUGAGAAGAGGUUCGAAGCCAAGACUCAUCCACUGUCACUUAGAGCUUACUGGGCGGCGAGUUUCGUCAUUAUCGGUUUGUUUGCUAUUUCCGGGGUCGUCCGUUUUGCCUCGGUAGAAGGAGCCCCCAAUGAGGAUUUGAGGUUGGAUGACAUAGUCUCCAUGGUGUCUUUCCCUCUGUCUGUUGCCCUUCUCCUUGUUGCCAUCAGAGGAUCCACUGGGAUAGCGGUGGCUCGAGAAUCUGAUGGAGAGAUGGAUGCAGAGUAUGAACCGCUUUUGACUAAAUCUAAUGUGACCAGCUUUGCAUCGGCUUCGUUCGUGUCCAAGGCCUUUUGGCUUUGGAUGAAUCCGCUUCUGAGUAAAGGGUACAAAUCGCCUCUCAAAAUCGACGAAGUUCCUUCCUUAUCACCUGAGCACAGAGCGGAAAGAAUGUCGGAGCUGUUCGAAAUGAAAUGGCCUAAGCCCCACGAAAAAUCAAAGCACCCAGUUAGAACCACAUUGGUUCGGUGCUUUUGGAGAGAAAUUGCCUUCACGGCCUUUCUCGCAAUUGUUAGGCUGUGCGUUAUGUAUGUAGGGCCUAUUCUCAUCCAAGGAUUUGUCAAUUUCACUGCUGGUAAAGGAAAUUCCCCUUAUGAAGGUUAUUACCUCGUAUUGAUCCUUCUUGUCGCAAAGUCCAUCGAAGUCUUGACCACCCACCAAUUCAACUUCAACUCGCAAAAGCUGGGAAUGCUCAUCAGAUCCACCCUUAUUACUUCGCUCUACAGGAAAGGGUUGAGGUUAUCGUGCUCAGCUCGCCAAUCUCAUGGGGUUGGGCAGAUUGUGAACUACAUGGCAGUCGACGCCCAACAACUCUCAGACAUGAUGUUACAGUUACAUUCCAUAUGGUUGAUGCCUUUGCAAGUCGGUGUUGCUUUAGUGCUCCUCUACAAUUACCUCGGUGGAGCAGUUAUAGCUGCCGUUGUUGGAAUCAUUGCUGUUUUUGUGUUUGUUGUGUUUGGAACUCGGCGAAACAACAGAUUUCAGUAUAAUGUGAUGAAGAAUCGUGACUCGAGGAUGAAAGCAACGAACGAGAUGCUCAAUUACAUGCGCGUGAUUAAGUUCCAGGCAUGGGAAGAACACUUCAACAAGAGGAUCCAAAGUUUCCGUGAAUCGGAGUUUAGUUGGCUCAGCAAGUUCAUGUACUCGGUGUCUGGCAAUAUUGUGGUGAUGUGGAGCACGCCAUUGCUGAUAUCAACCAUCACAUUUGGUGCCGCAAUCUUCUUGGGAGUUCAUCUUGAUGCCGGUACGGUCUUCACCACCACAACAAUUUUCAAAAUUUUGCAGGAGCCAAUAAGGACCUUCCCGCAAUCGAUGAUCUCUCUCUCACAGGCAAUGAUAUCCUUGGGAAGGCUGGAUCGGUACAUGGUGAGUAAAGAGUUAGUGGACGGUUCUGUGGAAAGAGUGGAACUUUGUGGAGAUGGUAUUGCGGUGGAGGUUAUGGACGCAGUAUUUAGCUGGGACGAUGAAAACGGAGAGGAAGUCCUGAAAAAUAUUAGCAUGAAGAUUAAGAAGGGUCAGCUCACCGCUAUUGUCGGGACUGUUGGAUCCGGGAAGUCAUCUCUCCUGGCAUCAGUUCUUGGUGAGAUGCACAAGAUAUCGGGGGAGGUCAGGAUAUGUGGUACAAGUGCCUAUGUUGCUCAAACAUCAUGGAUCCAAAAUGGGACUAUCCAAGAGAAUAUCCUAUUUGGUUUGCCUAUGAACCAAGACAGGUACACGGAAGUAAUCAAAGUCUGCUGCUUAGAGAAGGACCUGGACAUGAUGGAGUAUGGAGACCAGACUGAGAUUGGAGAGCGCGGCAUCAACCUCAGUGGGGGCCAGAAGCAGCGUAUUCAGCUAGCAAGAGCUGUUUAUCAGGAUUGCGAUACCUAUCUUCUCGAUGAUGUCUUUAGUGCUGUGGAUGCCCAUACCGGGACAGAAAUAUUUAAGGAAUGUGUUAGAGGAGCUCUUAAAGACAAGACCAUUUUACUUGUUACUCACCAAGUCGACUUUUUGCAUAAUGUCGAUCUCAUACUGGUGAUGCGAGAUGGGAUGAUAGUGCAAUCAGGAAAGUACCACGAGUUGCUCGACUCUGGCAUGGAUUUCAAAGCAUUAGUGGCAGCCCAUGAAACUUCCAUGGAGCUCGUGGAUGUACACACCACUGCGCAGGUUGAGAAUUCCCUGACAAAACAGCAAAGGCCUCAGGCUAAUGGCGAGGAAGCCAACAGCGAGAACAAGGCUCUAGACCAAGUCAAGUCUGAUAAGGGAAGUUCGAAGCUCAUCAAAGACGAGGAGAGAGAGACUGGUCGAGUCAGCUUGCGCGUGUAUAAGUUGUACUGCACUGAAGCCUUUGGAUGGUGGGGUGUGGUGGGAGUGGUGCUGCUUUCACUUUUAUGGCAGUCGUCCAUAAUGGCCGGAGAUUAUUGGCUCGCGUAUGAGACUGCAGAAGAGCGUGCUUCGUUAUUCAACCCUUCUUUAUUCAUUCGCAUCUAUGCAAUCAUUGCUGGUAUUUCCUUUUUGCUGGUUCUGCUAAGAGCCUUUUCUGUUACCAUUUUGGGGCUGAAGACAGCACAGAUCUUCUUCAGUCAAAUACUCCAUAGCAUCUUGCACGCCCCAAUGUCAUUCUUCGACACCACGCCUUCAGGAAGAAUUUUAACCAGGGCAUCGACUGAUCAGACAAACGUUGACAUCUUCAUUCCCUUUCUCAUGGGAAUGGCCAUUGCCAUGUAUGUCACGGUUCUCAGUAUCUUCAUCAUCACGUGCCAAUAUGCUUGGCCGACCGUCUUCUUGAUAGUACCACUUGGCUGGCUAAAUUUCUGGUACAGGGGAUACUAUCUUUCAUCGUCUCGUGAACUGACGCGCCUAGACUCGAUCACCAAAGCUCCAGUAAUCCAUCAUUUCUCGGAAAGCAUUGCCGGCGUCAUGACAAUCCGCUCUUUCAGAAAGCAGGAUAGGUUCAGUCAAGAGAAUGUGAAUCGUGUUAAUGCAAAUCUGCGGAUGGAUUUCCACAACAAUGGAUCCAACGAGUGGCUGGGUUUCCGUCUGGAAUUGAUUGGAAGCUUCAUGCUCUGCAUUUCUGCUGCGUUCAUGGUCUUGUUACCCAGCAACAUUAUCAGACCAGAGAAUGUUGGUUUAUCUCUCUCCUACGGGUUGUCCCUCAAUGCUGUCCUCUUCUGGGCCAUAUAUAUGAGUUGCUUCGUGGAGAACAGGAUGGUCUCGGUUGAGAGGAUAAAGCAAUUUGCGAACAUUCCUUCGGAAGCGGCGUGGGAAAUCAAAGAUCGCCUUCCUCCUCCGAACUGGCCUUCUCGGGGCAAUAUUGAUCUCGAAGACUUGCAGGUUAGGUAUCGUACAAACACGCCUUUGGUGCUCAAGGGAAUUACUCUUAGCAUUCAUGGGGGCGAGAAGAUUGGUGUCGUCGGUCGUACAGGGAGCGGCAAGUCCACUCUCAUUCAAGUCUUCUUUAGGCUGGUGGAGCCGACAGGAGGGCAGAUAAUCAUAGACGGCAUCAACAUUUGCACUCUAGGACUUCACAAUCUCCGCUCCCGCUUUGGGAUCAUCCCUCAAGAGCCCGUCCUGUUUGAGGGCACUGUGAGGAGCAACGUCGAUCCAGUCGGACAGUACACCGAUGAAGAGAUAUGGAAGAGCCUAGAGAGGUGCCAGCUUAAGGAUGUGAUCGCUUCCAAACCUGAUAAACUCGAUUCCUUAGUGGUUGACAAUGGAGACAAUUGGAGUGUGGGACAAAGGCAGCUUCUCUGCCUAGGGAGGGUGAUGCUAAAGCGCAGCCGCCUCUUGUUCAUGGACGAGGCGACCGCUUCCGUGGAUUCGCAAACCGACGCCGUGAUCCAAAGGAUCAUCCGGGAGGACUUUGCGACCUGCACGAUUAUCAGCAUUGCUCACAGAAUCCCCACCGUCAUGGACUGUGAUCGCGUCCUAGUCAUCGAUGCAGGAAGAGCAAUGGAAUUCGAUACACCUUCGGCGUUGCUCGAAAGGCCUUCGCUUUUCGGAGCAUUGGUCCAGGAGUAUGCAAACCGCUCGUCCGGGUUAUGAGUGCAACCACCGUCCGUUGCUCAGUUUCCAACAGUUUCCUGCCCUACUCGUCCAAAAGGGAAAAUCAAUACCGGGGAUUUCUCGGGCCCGGGUUGUCGCGAUCAACAGUCGUGAAAAGAUGUCGAAAAACGACGUCGAAUCCUGUAAUUCUAGCUAAGCUCCUUAGAGUAGGAACACCAGUUAUAUCAGGGCAAUUCAGGCGCAAAAUGCGUCGUUAGAUUCUGUACUAAAUCAAGAGGAUCUUACAAUCAUAUAGAUCAUAGAACUG